AAUUAUUAUUGCAUUGAAAUUUGAACCCCAUGAGACUUUUGUAAUUCUUGUAAAAAAAACACUCACCCCAAGUCCCCAAUAGAACUAACUCGUGAUUCUUCCUCACUUUUCACGCAUUAAGACUUGUGAUUCUUCGGAUCUGCUCAUUUCGUUCUCAUUGCAAAUCUCUGAACUUUUCACAUUUUCUUUAUUGCCCCCCUACUUUUAAAAAUCUUUCCUUUUCAGGGGUUUUAUCAUAUAGCGUCUAUAUCUAAGCUUGCUUCGUUGAUCAUUUGUUAAAUUGGAAAAUGGAUUCUUGUGUGGCUACAUUUAAGGCCAAUGUGCAGCCAGCACAAGCUUACAGAAGUGGUUAUAAUGAAAGUGGUGGAUUUUUGGUGAAGAAAAUUGGUGGGAGUGUCAACAGCAUCGGCAAGUUUACUCAGUUGUGGAAGAGUUUUACAACUCAGAAGACUAGAAUAAAAAUCAAACGUGGGACUGUCUCCUCUGUUCUUACAUCUGAUGUUAAUGAUCAAAUUGUGGAAUUUGAGCCGCCUGUAUUUGUACAUCCUGAGGUAGACCCAAAAACAGUGGCUUCUGUGAUUCUGGGCGGAGGUGCUGGGACUCGUCUCUUUCCACUCACCAGCAGAAGAGCUAAACCAGCUGUUCCAAUUGGAGGUUGUUACAGGUUGAUUGAUGUGCCAAUGAGUAAUUGCAUAAAUAGUGGUGUAAGAAAGAUCUUCAUCUUGACCCAGUUUAAUUCUUUUUCCCUCAAUCGUCACCUUGCACGCACAUAUAACUUUGGAAGUGAAAUGAACUUUGCUGAUGGCUUCGUUGAGGUUUUGGCUGCAACUCAAACCCCUGGAGAAGCUGGAAAGAAGUGGUUUCAAGGGACUGCUGAUGCUGUGAGACAAUUUGUUUGGGUAUUCGAGGAUGCGAAGAAUAAGAAUGUUGAGCACAUAUUAAUCCUGUCCGGUGACCAUCUUUAUCGGAUGAACUAUAUGGAUUUUGUUCAGAAGCAUGUUGACACAAAUGCUGAUAUAACAGUAUCAUGUAUACCCAUGGAUGAUAGUCGAGCUUCAGACUAUGGUUUGAUGAAGAUUGAUGAGACAGGGCGUAUCAUCCAAUUUGCCGAAAAGCCUAAGGGUAGUGCUCUGAAAGCAAUGCAAGUCGACACUUCAAUUCUUGGACUUUCUGAUCAGGAUGCCUUGAAAAAUCCUUAUAUAGCUUCCAUGGGUGUUUACGUAUUUAGGACUGAUGUUUUGCUAAAGCUUUUGAAGGACAAAUAUCCUUCAAGCAACGACUUUGGGUCUGAAAUUAUUCCUUCUGCAGUGAGGGAUCACAAUGUACAAGCAUAUCUGUUUAGUGAUUACUGGGAGGACAUUGGAACAAUAAAGUCUUUCUUCGAUGCAAACUUGGCCCUCACAGAACAGCCGCCAAAGUUUGACUUUAAUGACCCAAAGACACCUUUUUUUACAUCUCCCAGAUUCUUGCCGCCUACUAAAGUUGAAAAAUGCAGGAUUGUGGAUGCUAUAGUGUCACAUGGUUGCUUCUUGCGAGGGUGUAGUGUACAGCACUCGAUAGUUGGUGUUCGCUCGCGCUUGGACUAUGGCGUAGAACUCGUGGAUACUAUGAUGAUGGGCGCAGACUACUACCAAACUGAAUCUGAAGUUGCAUCUCUACUUGCAGAGGGUAAGGUUCCCAUUGGUGUUGGACAGAACACCAAAAUCAGGAAUUGCAUAAUUGACAAGAAUGCAAAGAUUGGGAAAGACGUGAUAAUUACAAACAAAGAUGGUGUUGAAGAAGGUGACAGGGCAGAUGAGGGAUUUUACAUUAGAUCUGGAAUCACAGUGGUGUUGAAGAAUGCAACAGUUAAAGAUGGAACAAUCAUUUAAGAUAAUAUAACUGAGCAAACUCGGAAUAGUCUUAUGAAUGGGCUUAGUAAGCAUCUUGCUGUGUAUUACAGUACUGAUUUAGAUAAUUGUAUGUAUAUUCCUUCAACAUAUCAUGGGAUUCAUAUUUCUUUCAGUUUACAUAUGAAAUGUACAAGUUCUUUUUAAAUUUAAUUUUAAAUAAUUAAGAAUUGGGUUUUUA